AUGCACCCCCAAAGCAAACAGACCGGCUCCUUGCAUCUGGUCAAUAUAUUCCGGGCUUGCAACCUCACGGGUGAGAUGAAAAGGAACCAAGCAUCUCCUCCGGUGCGGCAGCUGGCGGCGGCCGGGCAGUGGGACGGCCCCGGUGACGGCAAGGUCCCCGCGUGCCCGCUUCACGCUGUCCAGGCUCAUCAUCGGAUUAACCCUGGCAGUAAAGCAGCCAUGGCAAACCUGUGCCCAGGAGAUAUUAUUCUGGCGAUUAACGGAGAGAGCACGGAGAACAUGACACACCUAGAAGCCCAAAACAAGAUCAAAGCAUGCAUGGACCAGCUAUUGCUCUCCGUGAACAGAGCUGAAGGGAAGACCUGGUCACCCCCUGUCCUGGAAGAUGGCAAGGCUCAAGCGUACCGGAUCAACAUAGAGCCGGAACCGCAGGACAAUGGGCCUGCCCAGGGCAGGAGGCUGACGCCCCACGGGGCUGGUGGCAGCCCCAUGGACAACAAGCAGAUGCUGAACGUGCAGCACCACCACCCGACCCGGCUCUAUGCUAACAGCGGCUCCGAGUCGGCUCUGCCGGGCCAGCUGAGCGGGCUCCACAUCGCUCCUGCCCAGAGCAUUGACCCCUUGAAGUCUGUCCCACGGAACAGAAAUGGGAUUGAUGUGGAGUCAGAUGUCUACAAGAUGCUUCAGGAUUAUGAAAAGCCCAUUUCGGAGCCUAAGCAGUCGGGAUCCUUCCGAUACUUGCAGGGCAUGUUGGAGGCUGGCGAGAACGGUGAAAAACUCGACAAACUGAGCAACCCCCGAAACAUCAAGUCCCCAGUGUCAAAGCUUGGCGGUGCCAUGUCUGGGCUGCAGAUGCUCCCCGAGUGCACCCGCUGCGGGAACGGGAUCGUGGGCACGAUCGUCAAAGCUCGAGACAAGCUCUACCACCCCGAGUGCUUCAUGUGCGACGACUGUGGCCUCAACCUGAAGCAGAGAGGGUAUUUCUUCAUCGAAGAGCAGCUGUACUGCGAGACGCACGCGAAGGAGAGGGUUAAGCCCCCCGAGGGAUAUGACGUAGUGGCUGUUUAUCCAAACGCUAAAGUUGAACUUGUCUAAACCCAGGCUGUGCUCCGGAGAGGUCGGGCGGCCGCGCGCCCACCCACGUCCUCCCCGCCGGCUGCGCAAUGUGGCUGUAAUCAACCCCGAUUACCAAAGCCCAAGUUAAAAUGCCUUUUCCUAGAUAAAACCGUUUACACUUGGGAUCUCCAGGGGAUGGUGUUGAAAGCAUACGAACAGGUUUUUCCCUUCUUUUUGACACUCUGCUUUUUGGGUUGCUGUGUUGGGUUAUUAGUCUGUGCCAUAACCUUAUCCAAGAUCUGUGUAAAUAUCGAUUAAUUCUAUACUCUGUUUCAUAUAAAACCAGUAUUCCUUUUUUUGCCUCCCUCUUCUGAAAAAGCAAGGAAGAUGUUUUAAAAGCUCAAAGAAAAUAAGGCACUUUAACAAAAGAAGCUGGCUCCUGUAUCCUGACCUUAAUCUCCUGCCCUCCAGCUGCCCCGGUGGUUAAAAACCGACCCCCUGAGGAGUCUGGGACGCGGUUCCGGUGGGUUGGGGUCCCCAGCUCAGUCCCAUCUCAGCAGAUGUGCCAAGGAAGGGCAGUCUCUUAAAACAGUAAUUGCUGUGAAAUUCCCUGGAUCAGGGCAGUGCAGUUUGAGGCUGGCACAGACCGAUGCGAGUUCCCCAAGAGAUCUCCACAUUGAGUGUGCGACGAGGCUUUUUUUCUUCCUUCUUUCACUCCUAAUUCAGUUGUUCUCUGUCAUCUAAUCACCCGAGCACACCUUUACAGGACACUGAAAUGGCACGGAGCCCACCUCAGCUAUUCCCACCUCCCAUGCUCCUGCCCCACGGCUGUCCGUGCUUUGGCCGUUCUGACUCUUCCCCAGCUUUUGCUAUAUUUUUGUAGUCCUUUAUUUCUAGAUCCCCAGACUGCUGCCAUCUGGGUCUGCCUCGCAGUGGGGAGGUGGUGACAAAAUCCCUCCAGGCGCUUAGGGAGGUAACUGGAGCGGCAGUGAGCCCAGCUGUGAGCCCCGAGUCCAGAGGCAAUGGGUUCGGAUUUAUACCCGUAUCCCAAGGCUGCGCUUUUAGCCAGGUCCGUUGCCCACUUUAUUUGAUUGGGGAAAAGUUUUUGAGGAUCUUGGGAUGUUGCUUCAUUGGAGAAAUGUUUUUUUUUUUUCACGUUGGUGUUUGGAGGAGAGAGAGUUUAGUCACCCAGCUGCUGGAUGCCACCGCACGUGGUGGUAGGAGCCGUGUGUUUGGUACCACGAGGUUACUUCUGCUUUGCGACGGCCUCCCUUGUCCCCCUCACUUGAGAGAGGGAGGAUGGGGGGGAGAAAAAGAAAUGUCUGUGCUCGCUUCUCUUCUGUGGAAAAGGAAAAUAAGAGAUGGGGCAAUGGCCAAAGCGCUCCUUCCCCUUCUGGCUCUCCAUAACGGGGCUCUGAGAAAUCUGGGACUGGAGGAGGGUCAGGAGCAUUAUCCAGCUGGGGAUGGACACACAAUUUCUUCCUUACAGGUUCUGCACCCCAGAGGGAGUAAGGAUUUUGGGGUGUCACAGGGCCGCAUUUAGACCUUUUUGUGUGGUGCCUUGUAGGGAUUUAAGCAGCUCCUGCCCUGUGCCUGGCAGCCUCCCAGCAGGCUGGGCUGCCCAAGCGUGCAUCCCGGCUGGGUACCACCUCGCAGCCGGAGGGAUGCUGGCCCUGCGCAUUCCUGCUAGCACCUCCCCCUCCUUCUGCCAUCAGGAUUUUUAAUUAUUAAAGUACAAGAAACACGUGGAAAAUCUUAUCACAGCGCUGAGCCUUGUUUUUCUUGUAUUUGCAUAGCCUUGCUCAGUAGGUUGGACCAUCUGAAGGGAAAUACUUGGGAUGACUGUAAAUGAUGAGGAGACUAACAAUAAUCAGGUGGGAAGUGUAACUGCCCCUUGUCUGCAGGCCUCUGCUUGGAGCUCGUUAGUUUGCUAUUAUCAGAGACACUUGUUCUGAAUUCCCCCAUUAACCUCACGCGUUGCUGGGCCGAGCUCCGGUGCCCAUAGCUUGAAAGUUCAGGCUUCACCCAAACCCAGGACUGAAUCCAGCUCGGCUGAGCGACGGAAAACUCACGACACGAAUGGUGCCCGGGGGCUUUUCCCAUUUUCCAUGGCAGACGGUCGCAGCUGCCGGCGGGGGCUGUAUGUCACUCUCUGCAGCUCUUGUCCCCUGUUUGGCUCCAUCUGCACGGCGGUUGUGUCCUGCGGGGAUUCCAGGUGUCUUGCAGUUCUGGCACAGGGAACAGCUUAGAAAUUCAUAUAUUGUUUCAUUGCCAUCAUUCUGAACACCUGAGCGGGCUGCUGGUGGGGCAUCCUUAGUGGUCUUGCCCGGCUGCUGCACCAGUACAGCACUGGGAGCACUGGGCAGGGGGCUUUUCUUUUAAUUUGCAACCAAGUUCCCACAAAUCAAUUUUUCCACGCGGUUGUCUCAUGAUACCCUUUCUUAGGAGUAAUCAACUCAUUUGAUCCCCCCCGAGGAGCCUAAAGCUGGAGCCGCCUCACACAACCCCAUCCCAGGGCACGUUGAUUGCUGGCUUCAGGCCACAUCGCUCACGUUAUCGGGUUUGUAGGAGCUGCCUGAAGCCGAGCGAGCCUCCCGUGUCACCAGGUAACGCUAUUUAACUCUGUAAAACGUGGGGAGGGUGCUGUUUGUGUGAAAUACAAAAUAAAAUUGUAUUG